AUGGCCGCCGAAACCAGGGUUCUUCCUUUGCCAACCGUCGACCAUGCAUUCGUCAAGGUCGAGCCUCUUAUUUCCAGCCCAACGGCACCCGUUCGCUUUGACCCUGUCAAACAUAUGUGCUUCGAGCCUCCGAAAAACAUCAUUACCUUGAAGGAGUUGCUAUUGUCAGAAAAAGAUGCCAUCUCACCCGUCGCCAUCACGGAGCCAUUCCCCUUGUUCACCCUUGAAGGUGUCAAGCAGAUGCGAGCCGACCUCUUCCGAAAAGAAGUUGUUAACAAGCAUGGCAACAGGACGAAGAAGAACUGCUACAAGAUGAGGGGCUACUCCCAAGACACCCCGUUUGUUGAUGCCGCAUGGCGCAGCAAAGAAGUCAUCAAGGCCUGCUCCAAAGCCGCGGGUGUCGAUCUCGAUGUUGUCUUUGACUACGAAAUCGCCCAUAUCAAUGUCCAAGUCGACGCCCUGGAGGAUGACAUGCCACUAGAUGCUGCGCUGCCGCCUGCGAUGCCUCCCAACCAGGCGCCUUCGACCCCGCUUCCAGCUAUUGACCAAUCUGAGGAGCUCUCGACAGUUGGUAGAUGGCACACAGACUCGUAUCCCUGGGUCUGCGUUUGCAUGCUGUCCGAUCCAUCCAACAUGACUGGCGGUGAGACUGGCCUCAGAAAAGGGGAUGGUUCCAUUGCCAAGAUCAGAGGGCCCCAAGUUGGCUGGGCUGUGAUGAUGCAAGGAGGCUGUAUCGAGCACAUCGCGUUGAGAGCCAUCGGAACCGGCGAGCGUGUCACCAUGGUUACUUCGUUCCGCCCACGAGACCCGAGUCUGAAGGACGUGAGCAAUCUUGGCAAUGUCAAGAAAAGCAGUCGUCACGACCAACUUUUCAAGCAGUGGUCGACUUACCGCCUGGAUGUUCUCGAGAAGCGUGCCCGGCUACUGAGAGAACGCAUUGAAAAUGGCAACUUAUCUGGAGAGGAGAUCGCCAAGCUGGUCGCUCAAUGGAACGAAGAACAGAUUCCCUACAUGAACCACACUGCGGUUGAGAUGGUAGGCCCCGGGAAUGAAGGCUCGCAAGAAUAG